UGUCAUGCGAAAACUACAAAAUAACUGAAAAAUAAAAUUUUUAAUGAUUCUUCAUAUAAAAUUAACAUUUUUAAUCAUUUUAAUUAUUUCUAAUAUUAAUUAUUCCUUUGAUGAUCUGAGAGAAUGCAUAGACGAAUGGCCAAAGUGCGACGAUGGUACAAUGAAUGUAGUGUGUUCAAGAAAAGGUACUUGUCGUCCUCUCGAUAACGAUUGUGUGUCUCUGGAAAUGGAUAAUGAUUUUAGGAAUCACAUUUUGAAAGAACACAAUAGUUUCAGAAAUUAUAUAGCAAGUGGAAAGGAGAAACGGAGCGGUGCUACGUCUGCAUCCAAUAUGAUGGUUCUUAAUUACGAUUUUGAUCUCGAAUUUACAGCUACUUGCACCGCUAAUAAAUGUAAAAUAGAACGCGAUAAAUGUAGUCGUACCCACCUAUUUUUGUUUGUAGGGACAAAUCUUCAUAGAGGAUCUUCAGAAGAAUCACAAAAGGCAGCAGUAAACGAUUGGUAUUCGGAAAUUGUAAAUAUGGAGCCUAAAUUUUUCGAUAAAUUCGUAUUUAGAGAGCACCUUGCAAACUUUACUCAAGUUGUCUGGGCUAAAACGACGCACAUUGGAUGCGCAAGAGCACAUUCAGAAGAUAAUUAUUAUUUGGCUUGUAAUUACGGCCCCUCCGGAAAUAAGUUUUAUAAAGCUGUUUACAGACAAGGUGAACCUGCAUCAAAAUGUCCCCGUUACGUGAACAAAAGUCGAAAGUAUCCAAACCUAUGCGGAAUUGCUCACGAUGUUAAUGUCGCAAUAAAUUUGCAUGAUAUUCACGACAUAAUAUAUGGCUAUAUAUUUAUUUCACUUUUUGUAGUUUUUUAUAGUUCUAAUUGUAGCAUAUUCUAAUGCUCUUGACAAGUAAACAUAAAUAAAUUGCAGACUUUUAUGCGUUAUCUUAAAAUGACCGAUCUUCUUCAUAUGUUAACUAGCGUAUUAAUGGAAUAUCAGGAGCACUUUAUGUAUUAAAAUAUACAUUUUAAGCUAUUUAAACAAUGGCGGAGUUUCCAAUUAUUUAAAUAAAAAAACGACUUC